AUUAGAUAGCUAAACACACUUUGCUCCCAGAUAAGAUUUUGAACUCUCUGACGUAGGGAAUACAUCCCUUUGUGUUUGUUUGUGACAUUAAGCAACAACACCCAGAACUAGCUAGCUAAACAAAACACCCUGCAGCUCUCUAAUAAGAAUUUGAACUCUCUGACCAAGAAAAUGAAGCAAAAGGUAGUGAUCCGGAUCACCUUAAAUAAUGGCAAAAAGAAUGCUCGGUCCAAGGCCAUGCAGAUUGCAGUUGGUCUACAAGGUGUGGAAUCAGUCGCUCUACAAGGUGAGGAUAACAGUCAGAUUGUUGUUGUUGGGGACAACAUUGAUUCAGUCAACUUGACAUCUUUGCUGAGGAAGAAAGUUGGAUCUGCUGAUUUAACGAGUGUCUCCCCAGUCAGUACUGAGGGGGAAAAACAAAAGCAAGAGACCAAACCUAGUGAAUCUGGAAUACAAUCAAUGGUUUGGCCAACUUAUCAAGCUGGUGUGCCAUAUUAUUAUCAACCUAGUGUGCCAUAUCAUUAUGUAUACGAUGCAAUGGAUUACAACCAGAACUUUUGCACUAUUUUGUGACCUAUGCGUAGGAAUUAUUUGAUGGCUAAAACUUAGGUAAAGUUUCUUCGGUGCCGUAUCUUAGAGAAAAGUUUAGGAAGUGUGUAUUGAUUUUCUAUAGUUUUUAUUCAAUUGAAAAUUGAAAAUUUUGUCUUAAAUCAUGAUAUGAAGUGACAAUAAAAUUAUAGAGAAAGAGUGUUGUUGA